AUGGUGGGUGUCAUCGUCACUUCGGCCUUCGGCACCCUAUACCUGGAGCGCCAGCUGAAGGAUCCGCUGUUCGUCCAGUUGCAUCAGUUGAACGCGGCCGGCUUAACAGGUGCGCUGAUGGUGGCCAUGCGUCGGGCCAACGAGCCCGAUGUGUCGGAUGCCCACCCCGGGAUGGAGCUUGACAGUGAUGUCCCCACCGCCGCUCCUGACGAGGAGAGUCCCUACCUGCUACCGCUGAGAGUCGCCCUUAGUGUCUCCUGUGUGGUCGCCCGUGGCGCUCUCAAUGGCAGCGUUCUGAAGAAGUUGGACGCCUUGACCAAAGGUUUGAUCGAUGUCACGGCUAUCGUCCUCUGCACAGUGAUUCAAGUCUUGGUGCGAGUCUCAGCACUUGGCGAUGCGCUGGUGUGCGGCAAUGACUGCGCGGGGAUUGCGUGGGGUUUCGAAGUGCAACAGCUGACCUUUGGGGGCGGCUGCUGGGGCGGUUUCUUCGCCCUGGGCUUGGCGCUAUCCAUCACUGCAGCCACCUCCAAUGUGGACAGCUGGCGGAUGCACCUGGAGCUGACCUGUUUGAGGCUCAACACCUCCAAGUUCUUCUUAGUCUUGGACUUUGCCUUGGCGAGUAUCCAAUGCAUCCAUUUUUGCGUCCGCACGUACACGGCCUCCCUGAGCAUGGUGGGCUUUGUCUUGGAGGCGAUUUCUGCGCUCUUCUGCCUCUGCCUGAUGUUGCCCUAUUGGGGCUUUGCCCACUGUGAAGGCAUCGUUUCAGGCGUCGCAUGGAUGUUUAUGGAUCGAGCCAUUCCAGAUGCAUUGAUGAUAGGUGCUAUUGCAAGCCUGCCAGUGACAGAACAUGAGGCGGGCGAGCGCCCUUGA